UCCGCUCCACCCACUCCCGCUCUGCUCCCGUCGAUCUGCCAUCCUCUGCCUGCCCCGCUUGCUCCGCGCGUCUGCUCUAGUGAUUUGAGACGGAGAUCCGCCAGAGAUCGAGGAGCCGGAGAGCGGCGUCGACGAGGGAUGGACGUCCACGGCGGCGGAACGGGAGCCGGCAAGCUGACGCGGACGCCGUCCUCGCUGCUGCGCUCGCCAACGGUGCGCAACUGCUCCUCGUUCCAGGCCGUGGUUGUCGAGGACCCGGAGCCCGACGACAAGAAGGCACAGGCGCACCCCAAGCCUCCGCCCCACCACUUCCACCCCGGCGGCGGCUCCAACCACCCGCUGCUCGUCCUCGUGCUCCCGCUCGCCUUCCUGCCCCUGCUCCUCCUCCUCCGCGGCGGCGACGGCCGCCACCUCGCCCUCCUCGCGGCGUCCGCGGCCGCCGCGCUCGCCGCCGCCGCGGGGGCCGCGCGCCUGCUCCGGGGACGCCUGCGCCGCUCGCCGGGCUCCGGCUCCGUCCAGUGGUUCAUCGGGGACGACGACGACAAGCCGCAGAAGCGGGCGGACAAGGCCGCCGCGGCGCCGCACGGCCGCGUCGUGCGCGAGGGCGUCGAGUUCUACAGCAAUGGGGACUGCUACGAGGGCGAGUUCCACAAGGGAAACUGCAACGGCAGCGGCGUGUACAACUUCUUCGGCAAGGGCAAGUACGAGGGCGACUGGGUCGACGGCAAGUACGACGGCUACGGCGUCGAGAGCUGGGCGCGGGGCAGCCGGUACCGCGGCCAGUACCGCCAGGGGCUCCGCCACGGCCACGGCGUCUACCGCUUCUACAGCGGCGACUGCUACGCGGGCGAGUGGGCCGGCGGCCAGAGCCACGGCAUCGGCGCGCAGACCUGCUCCGACGGCAGCUCCUACGUCGGGGAGUUCAAGUGCGGCGUCAAGCACGGCCUCGGGAGCUACCAUUUCAGAAACGGUGACCGUUACGCGGGCGAGUACUUCGGGGACAAGAUCCACGGCUUCGGCGUCUACAGCUUCGCCAACGGCCACUGCUACGAAGGCUCGUGGCACGAAGGCAAGAAGCAGGGAUUCGGGAUGUACACGUUCCGGAACGGCGACAAGCGAUCGGGGGACUGGGAUUCUGGGACGCUCAAGACCCCCUUGCCCCCGGCCGAUCCUUCUGUCCAGCGAGCCGUACAGGCUGCACAGCGAGCUGCAGAGAACGCGUUUCGCUUGCCUAGAGUUGAUGAGCAGGUCCACAGGGCGGUAAUGGCCGCGAACAGGGCGGCCACGGCCGCUCGAGUGGCGGCGAUCAAGGCAGUCCAGAACAGGAUGGAUGGGAAGUUUUGUGAGACCUAUGUGUGAAUUGCUGUGUGCGAGACCAUGUUUCGCUCUCUCUCUCUCUUUCUAACUGUACAUUAGGGUAGUGAAGGACAAUAACUAAUCAGUGAGGUGAGACGACGACCGGGGCAGCACAACCGCGCGCUUCCGAGUCAGGGUUCAGCAACGAGACGACGGGAGCCUGUCUGACGAAGAGCGGAGCUGGCAGAAACCAUUUGCGAGAAACGGCCAUAUCGCCAUGGCUGUCGGAGGGGUUCCCUCGCACCUUUCCUUGCAACAAGCUGUAACUGUACAUAGAUCCAGGCGGUGUAUCAAUGGUGGAGAGCGAGUUUUUUCUUCUUCUUUCCAGUGCCCUUCUCAGUUUUCAUUUACUCCUCAAUUAUGUCUCAGUAGGGGGGAUGUGUGCAGGGCACUGGGGCCACUGCUUACAGUCACAGGAGUCUGUUAGCUUUGCAUCUGCGUCUCCAUUUCUCCAACCUAAAUCUUGACCGCUUCUCCCAUGUGCAGUGAUUCUCCGUUUGCAAAUGUACUUGGAGGUGCAC